GCCACACUGCCCUGACGGUGCACACACCACUGUGGGGAGGAACAGAGGAGUCCAGCUGGCCAUCGCAUGGCAGGGAUCAGAGUCACCAAGGUGGACUGGCAGCGGUCGAGGAAUGGCGCUGCCCACCACACCCAGGAGUACCCCUGCCCUGAGCUGGUGGUUCGCAGGGGCCAGUCGUUCAGCCUUACGCUGGAGCUGAGCAGAGCCCCGGACUGCGAGGAGACCCUCAUCUUCAUGGUGGAGACAGGACCCCGGGCUUCUGAGGCCCUCCACACCAAAGCUGUGUUCCAGACAUCAGAGUUGGAGCUGGGUGAGGGCUGGACAGCAGCAAAGGAGGCUCAGAUGGAGAACACUCUGACUGUCAGUCUUGCCAGCCCUCCCAAUGCUGUCAUUGGCCGCUACCUGCUGAGCAUCAGGCUUUCCUCUCACCGCAAACAUAGCAACCGGAGGCUGGGCGAGUUUGUUCUUCUUUUCAACCCAUGGUGUGCAGAGGACGAUGUGUUUCUGGCUUCAGAGGAGGAGAGACAGGAGUACGUGCUCAACGACAGCGGCAUCAUCUUCCGAGGCGUGGAGAAGCACAUACGAGCCCAGGGCUGGAACUACGGGCAGUUUGAGGAGGACAUCCUGAACAUCUGCCUCUCCAUCCUGGAUCGAAGCCCCGGUCACCAAAACAACCCAGCCACUGACGUGUCCUGCCGCCACGACCCCAUCUACGUCGCCAGGGUCAUCAGCGCCAUGGUGAACAGCAACAAUGACCGAGGUGUGGUGCAAGGACAGUGGCAGGGCAAGUACGGCGGCGGCACCAGCCCGCUGCACUGGCGCGGCAGCGUGGCCAUUCUGCAGAAGUGGCUCAAGGGCAGGUACAAGCCCGUCAAGUACGGCCAGUGCUGGGUCUUCGCGGGAGUCAUGUGCACAGUCCUCAGGUGCUUGGGGAUAGCCACACGGGUGGUGUCCAACUUCAACUCAGCCCACGACACAGACCAGAACCUGAGUGUGGACAAAUACGUGGACUCCUUCGGGCGGACCCUGGAGGACCUGACAGAAGACAGCAUGUGGAAUUUCCAUGUCUGGAAUGAGAGCUGGUUUGCCCGGCAGGACCUAGGCCCCUCUUACAAUGGCUGGCAGGUUCUGGAUGCCACCCCGCAGGAGGAGAGUGAAGGUGUGUUCCGGUGCGGCCCAGCCUCAGUCACUGCCAUCCGUGAGGGCGAUGUGCACCUGGCCCAUGAUGGCCCCUUCGUGUUUGCGGAGGUCAACGCCGACUACAUCACCUGGCUAUGGCAUGAGGAUGAGAGCCGAGAGCGUGUAUACUCGGACACGAAGAAGAUUGGGAGAUGCAUCAGCACCAAGGCGGUGGGCAGCAACUCCCGCGUGGACAUCACUGACCUCUACAAGUAUCCAGAAGGGUCCCGGAAAGAGAGGCAGGUGUAUAGCAAGGCGGUGAAGAGGUUGUUCAGCCUGAAAGCCUCUGGAAGGAGAACCUGGAUCCGCAGGGCUGGGGGGCGCUGUCACUGGCAUGAUGACCUCCUGGAGCCCGCCACCAAGCCCAGUAUCACUGGCAAGUUCAAGCUGCUAGAGCCUCCCAUGCUGGGCCACGACCUGAGACUGGCCCUGUGCUUGGCCAACCUCACCUCCCGGGUCCAGCAGGUGAGGGUCAACCUGAGCGGUGCCACCAUCCUCUACACCCGCAAGCCGGUGGCAGAGAUCCUGCAUGAAUCCCACGCCGUGAGGCUGGGGCGACAAGAAGAGAAGAGAAUCCCAAUUACAAUAUCUUACUCUAAGUAUAAAGAAGACCUGACAGAGGACAAGAAGAUCCUGUUGGCUGCCAUGUGCCUCGUCACCAAAGGAGAGAAGCUUCUGGUGGAGAAGGACAUUACUCUAGAGGACUUCAUCACCAUCAAGGUUCUGGGCCCAGCCAUGGUGGGAGUGGCAGUUACGGUGGAAGUGACAGUAGUCAACCCCCUCUUAGAAAGAGUGAAGGACUGUGCGCUGAUGGUGGAGGGCAGCGGCUUUCUCCAGGAACAGCUCAGAAUCGACGUGCCCACCCUGGAGCCUCAGGAGAAGGCCUCAGUCCGGUUUGACAUCACUCCCUCCAAGAGUGGCCCAAGGCAGUUGCAGGUGGACCUUGUAAGCCCUCACUUCCCGGACAUCAAGGGUUUUGUGAUCAUCCAUGUGGCCACUGCCAAGUGAUGGAUCAUGAGGGACUGAGAGGGGGCAAUUUGGCCCCUGUCCGCCUCCUGCCCAUUCUUUGUCUCUUCCACGUGGGAGCCAGGGGACCUCAGUUAAUCCUGCUUCAACCU